UUGGCAGAAUGCAGGCACGCUAUACCCGAUACGGGAGGGGAUAGCUUUCCCGCCUUUCGAGGGACGAAACUGACCCUCACAUCCAUGCGCACUGUUCAGCUCACACCACAAUGCCCCCUCCUCCAGGCAGAUUCGGGCCCCAGGGCCUAGGUGCUCCUUAUACGCUUCAACAGGCUCAUCUUCAGUCCCAACAUCCUGCCCACGCCCAGUCCGCCAACACCGCUCUCCCUCCCCCUUCGCUCGGUGGCCAUCCUGGUUUUGCCGGAAAUCCGAAUACCAAUAUGAAUCCCUUCACCCUGUCCAGCGCUGGUGUGGCGAAUGGCAUGUCGGUCGCUGGGUUUGGAGGCGCCGGUGCUGAUGGUGGUGGCACCGGACUUGCCAGCCAUGCGGCUCAGAUGGGGUUCGCGCGAGGAGCACAGAUGCAACAGCAGCAACUAAGUCAAGGUCAUGAUGGGCGGUUAGCACUCGACGCAAAGGCAGGCGCUGUUAAGACUCGGAUUCGCGAUGUAUGGAAACACAAUCUGGCCCAUGAAAUGGCCGUUUUGAGACAGCUAGUGGACAAAUACCCAUAUAUCAGCAUGGAUACCGAGUUCCCUGGAAUCGUUGCGCGCCCGAUCGGAUCAUUCACGAAUAAAGCCGACUACCACUACCAAACCCUCCGAUGCAAUGUUGAUUUGUUGAAGAUGAUUCAGCUUGGGAUCACUUUGUUCAAUGAAGAUGGGGAGAUCCCUCCAGCUACAGCUACGGAUGCGAACGGACAACCAUAUGGCAAUGCGAUGAUGCCCGCACCAUGUACAUGGCAGUUCAACUUCCGAUUCUCAUUGGAAGGUGACAUGUAUGCGCAGGAGUCAACACAGAUGCUGGCCAAGUCCGGAAUUGACUUCAGCCUGCAUGAGAAAAAUGGAAUUGAUCCCUUUGAAUUUGGUUCAUUGUUGAUCAGCUCCGGGCUUGUGCUGCUUGACGAUGUGCACUGGGUCUCUUUCCACUCCGGUUACGACUUUGGCUACCUGAUGAAGAUCAUGCUUUGCUCUCCCUUGCCCGAAAAUGAAGAGGAGUUCCAUCAACUUCUGACCAUUUUCUUCCCAUCCCUCUACGACAUUAAAUACCUAAUGAAGCACGCCGGUCGCAACCAAGCAGUGAAUGACUCCCCUCUCACACAAGCUGCCGCCCAGAUCCUUACCAAUCUCGGCCAAAAAUCGGGUCUCCAAGACAUUGCGGACGAGCUGGGUGUGAAGCGCAUCGGCAUUGCCCAUCAGGCUGGGUCUGAUUCUCUGGUCACCGGCGAGAUCUAUUGGAAGAUGCGCCAGCUGGUCUUCAAUGGCAAGAUUGACGAGAGCAAGUAUUCCGGCCAGAUCUGGGGUCUGAAUGGACAGAUGCCGGCAGUGAACUACCACAUGGCCCAGCAGACACCGAACCUCAACGGAGCCACCAUCUAUUCCGCCGCCGGAACGCCCAGCACUCCUAAUAACUCCCACACACCUCAGCAUCACUCUGGCUACCCAACGCCCGGCCGAUAGAAAAUGCGAUACGAACCACGUGGAAGGACUUGGGAGUAGUGAUUUCAUACGAUUUUGAUGCAUGUACAUAAGCACAAGGACCCUGUGCUGGUUUUCUUUCGAUCUCUUCGGCAUUUGUCUUCUCUCGCCUGUCGCUUUUGCAUAGGUCCCACCGUUUCUAGUCGGGAUCUUUCUGUGCGUCUGGGGGAGGUGUUCUUUUCGGGGGUAUCGGGAGGGUGUACGGUGUUUUUUUUUUCUGCCAUACAUUUUUAUUAUUCAUCUGCCAUUGUUUCCUCGUCUCUUAUUUUCUCUGCUUGUUGAAUCUGGCUGGUACCUGAAUCCAUGUGCGAGGCGUUUGGGCUUUCCGGCCUUCUGUUGCCUGUUUGCUAUGGUGUCAAUUGCUUUCUAUACUUCUAGGUAGAGUGGACUGGGGGACUGUCUCAUGUACAGCGGGAACUUGAAAUGCUUCUCUAAUGCCAACAUGGCAUCGAAUAUUCGCCCCCAGUAGUGCAG